AUGGACGUUUCUCUAGAGAUUCACGACGUCAAGGAGCGGGCGGUUGGCGAGAUAAAACCGCCCAGCUUCCCCACGCCGCCCGCACCGUCCUCGUCGACGGCCAGCGGCUUCCCAGCUCCCAGAAAGCGCGCUUCUGCCUUUAAACAACAGCGCCAAGCCAACUCGCCCGCAAAUGGCACACCAAAUGCCGCGUCAAAUGUCUCGCCAGCAGCGCCUUCGCAUAGCCAGCCGGCGAGAACUUCGCGUCCUGCCGAGGACCCAGAGGCUGCCGAGAGGAGGAGGAUAUCCGAAGAGAAUAGAGCGAGGCUCGAAUCCAUGUCGCCCGAGGAGAUAGCCGAAGCGCAGAGGGAGCUCUAUUCCGGGCUCGAUCCUCGCCUCCUCGAGAUACUCCUUCGGCGCGCAAAUAUUGACGAAAAGCAAAACAACGACCCCUCCCCGUUCGACUUCCCCUCAGCUGCCGAAGACGCGACAAUCACACAAACUCCGGCGUCCCCUACCGAUCCGCCCGAAAUCAGAGUCCAGGCCGCCUCGGAGGCGGCGAGAAGCGAUGCAGGCGACAAGGGCGAAACAGCGGCCGUAGCCCCGAACAGGCAGCCGGACAAGGCCGUUGCUGCAAAAAAGAAAAAGAAGACAGUUACCUUUGAUGAAGACACAGCGGCGCCGGCAGCACCCCCUCCCGGCUCCUUUCCCGCCGUGUCUGGCCCUCCACGUAAGACGAAAGUCAUGUCCGCCCGAAUGGCACCCUAUGUCGAGGAUGAGGACGAAGAGGCAGACCAAGUCGACGCCGACAUAGACAAGAACGAAGCAGUCGCUCCGACAAAUACAACCCACUUUCCGCAAGCGCCCAAGCUGCCCGACCUCGACCCUUCGGACCCGGACUUCCUCGAAACGCUACACCGGAAAUUCUUCCCCAACCUGUCGGCGGACCCGUCCAAGCUGGCAUGGAUGGCGCCGCUGCCGACGCCCAAUUCGACAGCCGACCGCGAGUCGCCCUACUACCCGGGGCAGGAGUCGCUGCCAGUGUCGGUACUACGUUUCGACUUCCGUGGGCGCCUAAUUCCGCCGCGCCACAGCCGCGACAUCCCCGUCACCAAGGGGCUGCACCAUCACGGCGAGGCCCCCGAGGCCGCCGGCUACACCAUCCUCGAGCUGGCGCGGCUCGCCCGCUCCGCCGUGCCCGCCCAGCGCUGCCUCGCCUUCCAGACUCUCGGCCGCAUGCUUUUCCGCCUCGGUACCGGCGAGUGGGGUAUCGGCGCAGGCGGCCGCGACGGCGACGAGGACGACCUCGCGUUUGCGAUUUGGCGCGUCUUCAAGGAGGGCAGGGUCCUCGAGAGCCUCGGCGAGGCUGCCGCCAUCGAGGGCGGCCACAUGAGCAGCAAGGCUUAUGCCACCGAGGCGCUGUGGCUGUUUGAGAAGGGCGGCUGGAAGGAGAAGUGGAGGGGGCUGUAA